GUCUGCAACUUGAAUUGGCAUACCCUCAAACAUUCGCCUAAACUUCUACGCAUGAACAAGACCACGACCUCUUCGAAGGGCAAACGUAUCGCGAAGACCAAAGCUGAAAUCAAGGCUGAGCAAGCAGCGGUACUUGAGAGACGCAGAGCCCAAAAGGAAAUUGCGGCUUUCGGAGAAGAACGCGAACGAAAACCCGGAUCUUUGUCUGUUAGUGAGAUUUGGUGGCGACAGCAGUAUGAGUGGCUGAAAGUUCGAGGAUACCUACUCCGUCCUCGGUAUGCUCCGGACUGGGUCCCAUCCUGGGAGGGUUCAAAGCGUCAUCCUUUGGAUUGUGAAGACGGUCGCACGUUACGUUUUGUUCAAGUCAUGGAUGCGACUCGCAUAGCUGACGGCUUGUAUGUGUCUCUCAAAAUGGUGAAGAAAUCAGCGCACCCUCAUGAAGUAGAGAUUGGACAAUAUUUCAUGUCAGAAAAAAUUUCAUCCGAUCCCAAGAACUGUUGUGUCCCGUUUCUCGAUGUCCUGUCGGUUCCAGACGAGAGCGAUAUGCAAAUUAUCGUGAUGCCAUUAUUGCUCCCAUUCACCCAGAUUUCAUUUGAUACUUUCGGCGAAGUGGUGGAAUGCCUUCGGCAACUCUUUGAAGGUCUGUGGUUUAUGCACAACAAUCAUGUUGCGCACCGCGACUGCAUGCAGCUGAACAUUAUGAUGGAUGCCAAAGACCUCUAUGCCGAACCAUAUCAUCCUGUAAUGCUUCACAUGAAGCGCGAUUUCAGUGGCUUUGUGGGCCAUUAUACUCGCACUCAGCGACCACCAAAAUAUUACUUCAUCGACUUUGGGUUAUCACGGCGAUACGAUGCCAUUGAAGAAACACCACUAGAGUAUCCGAUAUUUGGGGGCGACAAGUCAGUGCCAGAAUUCCAGAGUAAUGUGGAUGUCCCGAUGAACCCCUUCCCCACUGACAUCUACUAUCUCGGUAAUGUCGUCAGAGAACAGUUCCUGAAUACGAAAAAGGGAUUCGAGUUCUUGAAACCGCUCGUUGACGAUAUGGUCCAGGAUGAUCCACACAAGAGACCUACAAUGGAGGCGGUAGUUGAGCGUUUUGAAUCCAUUCGACAGCAACUUAGCACUUGGAAAUUGCGCUCUCGUGUCAUAUCCAAGGACGAGGGUCCCUUUGAGAAUCUUUAUCGUGGUGUUACCCAUUGGAGUCGACGGAUAGGUUUCAUUGUUAAACGUGCGCCAGCGAUACCUCGCCUUCGGGAAUGACAUUCGCGUGUGCUGUACCCUCUUGUUGUUUCUUCAGUAUAUACCCAGAAUGCAUGACUAGUAGUUUGACACCGAGCGCGGAGAAAGAGCUGAGAUAUAAAUUUAGUACGAUUUCCGAAUAUGUCAUAGCGAUCAUGGCUCUCGUGCCUCACGGAGUUUUGAAUGAAAAGAGGGGGG